AAUCCUCUUUCACUGAACAUGGGGAAUACCGGAGUGGCAUAACAAUUGAUGUGAUUGACCCUUGCGAAUAUUGGGAAGCCUUUUAACCCAAACAGGCCCUGCUAUGGUGAGGGGUGUUAGCGAUGACGGAUGAGGAGGCGAGUUAUGAUGACUUCAUCGCCUCUCGACGAACUGGCCGCAGGAACGCCAUCCAUAUUAUCCCAGCAACCUCUGGGGCUGAGGGCCCCGCUGACCUGUCACAGAGUCUGGCACAGCUCAACAUCGACAAGUCAGGUGAUGAGGGAGAAAAGAAUAAGGACAGCCAGGACUCUGCAGCUAAAGAAGAGGAGGCGAAAGCUGAGGGCAGCUAAACUCACAUUCAUGGACUCAAACCACCGCCACUUUUCGUUUACCUGAUCCCUGAAGGCUAGGCCUCUCAUUGGCUGGUUGUAUCUAAUGACUUUGAACAAACAAGGCAAAAUCCUACUGCCACCAUCCCACAAUCAGGAAGUCAUUGCUAUGGCAACCACAGCUCCAUUGAGCAGUUGGGUGUGUUCCAGUUUCAUUAAAAAGAUUUAAAAUCUCAGAUACAACUGAUUCAAUUUGAAAUAUGUGUAUGUAAGUCCAAAUCAGGACAAAAGUCAGUCCAAGUCAGGACAAAACACAGGACAUCACUGUAGAUGAAGAAGUCUUCAGCCUUGUAGUGUGUGAUGCAAUAGAUGCAGGAGUUAGCUUAUUAAAAACCGGGUGUUAAGUUUUUAUACGUACAGAAUGUGUCCAUAUAAUGUGAUUUACAAGUUUAAACGCUACCAUUGAGCAUUUUUAAAAGGGGUAGUCUGUCUGUCUUUACAAUUGGACUUUGUUUAGGGUAGAUAUAGAGAUCAAGAAUUUAUUUGCAGCUUGAACAAAAGAACAUUGAUUGCACUCCAAUACAUGUGUGUGUGUUUUUAUAAUGUAGCAUAUAACUGUUUAUUGGAUGUAUGAAUUUCCCCGGUUUAUGGGAGUUUUUUUUUAGAAUGCUUAAAUCCGUGAUUCGACAGACUACCUAUGAAUUUUACAUUUACCAACCUUCCUUUUAAACCACCCCUCAAUACUAUAAUAGAACAAUACACUGCCUUUUUCUGAUUAUCACAUCUGUGGAAAUGCACUCCGAGAAUGUCUGUCUUCAUUACCUUUUUAAAAACAGAAGUCAUUA